AUGUAUUAAUAAAAUUGGUAAGGGGACAGAUAUUAAGAUGAAAUUUUUCUUGAUGAUGUAGAGGUUUAUUAAAAAGAUGAAGAACCAUCAAUAUUUGAUAUUGUUUAUAGAGAAGUGGGGUGUAUUCUACUCAAAUAUACCAACCUAAACCUUAUAACUUGUCCAAAUACUCUUCAUUAUAUUACAUUAUAGUUCAAUAAUGAUGAACCCUUCUCAUUUCUCUUUCAACCAAACUAUAUCUUAGUAGAACAAUUAGCAGUUAAUCCAGCUUUAAAAGAUAUAGCUGAAUAAUUGUAAAUUGAAGAUUUGAUUAAUCAUAAUUAGAAUGAUCCUGAGUAUUUUUAAGAUUAUUAUUAACACUUAAUUGAGGAAAUAUUUAAAUCUCAUUUGAAUUAAGCUUAAGAGAUAUUUUUACGCUAAAUAGAAUUACUUUAAGAAUAGAGAAUAAAACCUUAAGUUGAUUAAGAGCUUUAAUCCAUAUUUUAAGAUAAAUAGUUUUAAUUUCCAUUGAAAUUAGAUUUUCAAAAUUCAGAAUUACCUGAAAAUUAAAUAAAAUAUAAACUAUUUGAAUCACUUUAAUUAUUGUAAUCUAAUUAUUUGAAUACUCAAUCUAAGGGAAAUAAAUCUAUUAAAUUAGAAUCUUCAGAGACUGUAUAACAAUUAUCAGGUCAAAAAACUCAAUAAGAGAAUGUUAAUAUAACACCAUUUGUUUAACCAUUAGUUAUAAGUUCUUUGAAUAAAGAGAAGAUUAAAAUGAUAAUAAAUUGGUUAAUUUAAGAGAAGAUUGCUAUUCCUGAAAUUAUAUUAUGUGCUGAAUUAAAGAAUAGAGGAAAUGGAAUGAAUUUAACUUUUAAUCCUAAUUAAUAAAUGUUAAAUAAAUGUGCAUUUUAUUAUGAUUUAUUUUGUGAGGCUUAACAAAAUUAAUCAGAGACUAAAAAUAUCAAGGAAGAAAAUACAGAAGAAGUAAAGACUUGUUAAGAAUUUAAUAUAGGAAAAUAAAAGACUAAAAUUACUGAAUAUCAUCUAUUAAUUAGAAUGUUAGAUUUAGUAGUUCAAUAAUAAGAAUCUUUAAAAGAAAAAAUUAUUUAAUUAGUUAAAUAUUCUUAAUUAAAAAAUUAAAUUAAAAGAUUAUCAAGAGUUUAAGAAUCUGAUGCUCAUUAUAAGAUUGUUAAACAAUUUAUAUAAAAAUUAGAAACAAUUCUUUGUAUUUAUGAUGAAUAUGAAAAUGAUAAAUAGAAUCAAUUUAAAAAUCAAGUAGAUAAGAAAAGUCAAAUAAAUUCAGAUAAUUUAAGUGAAAAUGAAGAUGAAAACAAACCUAUAAAAUGUUAAAAAAAAUAUUAUAGAUUACUUAAAUUAGUUGUAAAAUUAAUAUUAAUUGAAUCUUUAGAAAAAGAAAUACCAAUUCCAGAAAUAUUGACAUGUUUAUGGUUUAAAAAACAUAAGGAAAAAAUAGUUGAAGGUUAAAUAAUCAAUUAAAAUUCUGUUUAAAUAUUACCUUCUAAAUAAAGAUUGAUUCCAUCUCUAUAAUUAGAAAAUCGAUUAAAACUCAAACAAGAAUAAGUUUAAUUAUAAACUCUUUUGGAUUUACCUGAUACUGCUACAAAAGAAUUAGAUGACUUUGAAAAUUUUAUAUCAUAAUUCACUUAUGAUAUUAAAUAUGGAAGAGAUGUAAUUUUAAUAGAAAAAAUACUUAUUGUAGUUAACAAUAAGAAGGAUAGUAUUUAAGAUUAAUUAAUUUAAGUGAUGAAUGAUUAUUUGAAAAUAGAAAAAGCGAAAGAUUAAUUGAGAGAGAAAUUAAUAUUAUUACCUAAAUUAAGAACUAAUAAGACAUAAAUUAAUGAUGAACCUAUAUUAGAAAAUAUUAUAAAAAUAAUAGAUAAUUUAUAAUUAUACAUUAGUUCAAUUUAAAAAAGUAAACCUUACAUAAUUACAAAAUAAAUAAAUAAUCGUACUAAAAAGUAAUUAUAAUAAUCUUCAUAAAAUUAAUAAAUUUAAUAGUUUUAAAAAUUAGAUAAAGAAGAAUUAAAAGUAUUUAUAUUAUCUGGAUUAAUUACUUUAAUUGAUAAUGAAGUGUCUUUGCCAGAAUUAAUUUCAUAUCUUGGAAUAAAAAAUAAAACUCAAAAGUUCAGUUUAUAAAUUAAUAAGAAUUAUAAAUUAUAAGAAUAUAUAACUAUAUAAAUGUAAUUGAAUUAAGUAGAAAUAACUGAUUAAAUAGAGAGUAAAUUACUUAUUAAGAAAAUAAAGAUUUAAGAAGGAGAAAAUAUACCAAUUAUUCAUAAUAAAGAAUAAGUUUCAGAACCAUAAUUGAUAAUAAGAGCAUUGAGAUUACUUUCAAAUUGUGACAUGACUAAAUAAUUAUCAGAUAUUUGGUAGAAACCUUCUGUAAUUAGUUUAAAAAAUUAAGUUUAUAAAAAUUGUUUAAAAAAAAAUAAAAAUGAUACAACAAUAGGAUAAAUAAAAAAUUUAUUUUAUAAAAUUGAUAAUAAAUAUGAAAUAUUUAAUAAUAAUUAAUAAUGA